AAAUAUCAUUCGUACAUAUCCGUCGUGACCUUGGUCGUGUGUGCCGGGCAUGCCAUCUUCUUAACCGUCCACUAGUAGUAGUUUAUACGGUACCUAUACCAUAUUAACCAGUGCCCGUCUAUAGCGCGAAGUUUAAGUUUAACACGCGUUUUGUCAGUCGUCGGUCAUGGCCGGAUGCUGAUCGUUACUAAACUAUAAUUUAUUGGAAUUUACAUAACGUGAUCAAUUUAAAUUCAAAAUGAAAGUAGUGCUAACUGUUUUAGCGCUCGUGACCACCUUAGAGCUGGUACUAGGAGUACCGGUUUAUGGUCCACCGCAACCGUUGCCGAUUUCGCACAAAUACAGGUCUCCAAAUGGUGCACCCAUCCCCGCCAAGUAUCCUCCCCACCCUAGUGGUCAUUCGGGAAAAAACGAAUUCUAUUCGAAAUUUAAUCCUCAUUCAUUACCACCGGGCCUACGCGGACCCCCACCCCAACUGCCACCACCUUUUGCUAAAUAUCCUCAUCUACCACCACCCGGCAAACAUCAACAGCAAUACCAACAACAAAACCAACAUCAACACCAACAACAACAUCAACAACAGCAACAGCAACAUCAUCAACAUCAGCAACAACAGCAACAUCAACAACAACCACACCACCCGUCUAACAGCUUAAGACCGGUAGGACCACAGUUCCAGUCGAAACCGCACUUACUGCAGAACGGUGCUCCUCAUCAUUCUUCUCAACAGAAUCAAGUUAAUAAUGGCCCUGAACAGCGAGUACAAUUAGUACCAUCGAGGCCCACUUCUAAGAUAACCAACGUCUGGACGGGACCUAAAUUAUCCGGAUCACCCGAUUUCCCACCACAUUUCCCCGCUGCCAGCAACCCCAUAGCCCAAGCAACUGCAGCUCCAUUUCUGGAAAAACCCAGAGGACCUUACAUAAUCAAUAGUGACGACGAGAGGGGUCCUAUCAAGACUAUACCAGCGCCGAACCUGAACCCAGCAGACAAACCAGCCAACUUCGAAGAACAAUUGUACAGGGCACAACACCAACAAUCGUACGCUCAACCGUUGGACAAUUCGAUAACUGACGAAAAACUCUCAUACCAGGUAACCGAAGAGCCAAGUGGUUACAAACCAUUUAACAGCCAACCGUCGUACUUCGCCCAGGAUCUGGGACAAACGUCAUCGGCCAAAGUACCAUCCAACACAGAAUCCAAUUCAAUACCAACCGUGCCACUGGACAUCGCUCUGCAACAGCACUUGGACAAUCAACAUCAACAACAACUGUCAGCUGAGCACAUCGGAUCCACGGAUACGUUGACGCCCCAAGAGUUGUAUUCGCUGUUAAACGGCAACCAGGCCGCCGCCGCUGUGGUACCGCAAACCACAUACGUGGUACCUCAAACAGUUAUGUACGCUGUACCGCAACCACAGUCGUUGGACCUGCAAGUCGGCCAUCAGCUCCAGUACCAGGCACCACCAGUCCAACUACAGUACGCACAACAGCCUGCAGCCACAGGUGUCCAGUUGCAGUACGCGCAACCGGCCGCUGCCGAUCUCCAGUACUUGCAGCCGCAAACCGUCCAAUACCAACCACAGGCAGUCCAAUAUCAACCACAAUCCGUUCAAUACCAGACUCAAUCCGACCACUUGCAGCAGCCAUACCAGCAGCAAUCGGCGGAACAGUACAGCGCACAGACAGCCGCUGCUGAAAUAUCAGCGCAAAAACAACAACAGCAACAGGAGCUCAUACAACAGCAACAAGAGCAGCAACAGCAACAACAGGAGCAGCAGCAGUAUUCGCAGCAACAGUAUUCGCAACAACAACAGGUGAUCCAGUUACAGCAACAGCAACGUGAGCAGCUGAAACAACAACAACAGGUAGAACAGCAGCAGCAACAGCAACAGCAACAGCAACAGGACAACGACUCUCAGUACCAGCAAGAACAUGAGGACUACGAGCCCAGGAACGGGGACAAGGGAUCAGCCGAACAACCACCUGCAGCAGUGCCGGAGGACGAGGAACACGACCAGAGGAAGUUGCAGAGCAUCCGGGACCAAUAUUACUCGGCUGUCCCCAACGAACAGACGGCCAGCGUACUAGCGCAGAUCGCCCAGUCGGCGGCCAACAACGGCGUGGAGGUGGCCGACGAACCGGGCCGAGUGGCGGACUCUGCGAAACCCGCAGAAAAGUCGCCGCCGACCGACCAGUCGGUGCAGAUGCACACUUCGGUUCAGAUCCAACAGUCGGUGCCACUUUACGAGGGUACAUACGCGUCGUCGAGGCGCACCAAUCAGGAGUACGCUGACGAGGGCGGCGAGUCCGACGAGCUCAUGGAAGGCAGCGAAUCGGUGGCCGUCUCCGAGUCACCGUCGUCUUCGGUCAACGGACACGCUCCCAAUCAGUUCCCGUACAGCGCAGCCAAGAUAAACGCAUUUGCCGCCAACUAGUUCUAGCUGACAACUACAGUUUCCCCCAUCAGGAUUCGAAUAAUGGGACUUCAAUAUAUAAUAUUAAGAACUGGCUCACGCCACAUUUUAAAAGCUAUUAUUAUCUCUAAAAACUAUACUAUUUUAUGGUUAAUAUUUUUUGUUUACUAAUUUAUUUUUUGAAGACAUGACAUCGAUGUCCGUCGUCAUACUGGAUCGCAGUGAAAUUUAUUUAUUGUUUGUAUUUAUUUUCGUUUUCAUUCUUGAUCGAAACGGACGGCAUCGACACUCGAUAAGUGGUUUCGUCGUACGCCAAAUUAUUUAUUUAUAUAUUUUUAUUUUUUAUAUAUUUCGUUUAGUUAAAUUAAUAUGCUAAUUUUUUUAAGACUAAACUACAUGAACGAUUGCUCAAAUUUGAAAUUAUGACCAACAGGCCAUAGCCAUGUGGCAUUUUUCUUGACGUUGAAGGGCUGAAUAUUUUGUAGAUCGACUUGAACAUAAGUCACAUCACGAAUGCCUAUAGACUUAUCAGUUCAAUUGGUGCAAAAAACAGUUGCACUAAACAUUUACAGUUAGCCCCGUAAAAGCUCCCAAUACUAAUUUCAAUAGGCAAUGACACGUAAAAAAACCCAUGACGUAUUAAUUACUAUAAAAAAUUAAGUUAAUUUGAUAUUCAUGUAAAUAUAGAAUAUUAAUUAUAAGAAUAAAAUACAAAAUUCAAAUACAUUUAAUUGGAAAAAUGUAAGCAUUUUGUAAUGGUUCGUAGAACUUAAUAAAGAUUUACAAAGUUAUUA